UGCGCCCAAUCUGGAGCUUGAGCUCCAGCAGCAUCCUCUGUGUGUGUGUGUGUGUGUGGUCUCAGGAGGAUGAGACCGACAUGCUUUCUCACUCAGCCUCUCUCCUCUCCUCUCCUCUUUCCUCUCCUCUCUCCGUCCGUGGCGCAUCUCCAUCUCUGAAUGUACUUGGGCUACAGGCGGCAGCGACUGAUCCCUCCGCCAACACACACACAUCCAUUCACACACACACACACACACACAUUCACUAACACAAACUUUUACAAAUGCAGGGCGAAGACUGGAGCCGCCGGAGGAAUCCUGUCUGAUCGCGAUCUAACGCGCUGAUGCAUGAAGGAUGUAGAGCCAGAGGGCGGUGCAGGAUGGAGUGUUCCUGGAAGACGGUGCUGCUGCUGGUGUGCGCCUCUCUGGGGGUCCAGUACACGGCCAUCCACACGCUGAGGGACUCGCUGUCUGGAUCCUGUCAGGGAGCCUACAGGUGCCAGAGCAGACAUCACAGAGACUUCAGGUGGAGAUCCGUGUGCGACAACAGCUGGUUGCCUGUGGAAUCACCUCGGAAGCACAUCCUGCUGUUUGCUACCACACGCAGUGGCUCCUCCUUCACCGGACAGCUCCUCAACCAGCACUCAGGGAUUUUCUACGUGUUUGAGCCUCUCUACCACGUUCAGCAGGCCUUCACCAACUCCAGCAGCAGGCUGCGUCGCACCCUGGACCGACGAGCCCUGCUUGGAGCUUACAGAGACCUCCUCCUCAAUCUAUACACGUGUGACCUUCACUUCAUGGAGAAUUACAUACGUCCAGAGCCCCAGGACCAUGUCACGAGCACCUUCUUCCGCAGAAGCUCCAGCCACGCCCUCUGUUCCCCUCCUGUGUGUUUGGAAGGAGGAAACGCGUUGGCCUCUGAUCCACCUGAUGAAACCUGGUGUCCUAAGAAGUGCGGGGCCCUUAACCUUACCUUAGCUUCAAUGUCAUGUCUGUCAAGAGGGCACGUAGCCAUAAAGACCGUGCGGGUCCCUGAGGUAGGGGAUCUACGGACCCUGACUGAAGAUCCGCGGCUGGACCUGAAGAUCAUCCACCUGGUGAGGGACCCCAGAGCCAUCCUCGCCUCACGCAUGAUGGCGUUCUCGGAUCAGUUCCGUGCUUGGAAAAUUUGGAACGCGACUGGAAGGCAACCUCGCUACGUGGACCUGUCACAGAUUACCAGCACCUGUAAGGACAUGGCUGCCUCUGCAGAGACAGGCCUGCAGAGACCAGCAUGGCUCCGAGGACGCUACUUACUGGUGCGGUACGAGGACCUGGCAUUACAACCAAAGGACAAGGCCACCGAGAUCUACAGGUUUGUGGGACUGGAGAUGGAGGACAGGGUGCAGAUGUGGAUUGCAAAGAACACCAACAGCAACAUGUCAUCUCCGUCCGAGUGGAACUACAGGUACUCCACCACCAGAGACUCCAGAGCGACAGCAGAGAGCUGGAGGCUUCGGCUCGGCUUUGACAUCGUGAGGACUAUACAAAAUCUCUGUAAUGAUACUCUGGCCCUGCUGGGAUACAAGCAGGUUCACUCUGCAGCUGAGCUCAGAGACCUGUCCCAUAGCUUAGUGGAGUAUAGGACCUUUGAACCAGUCACAUGAUAGAUAUCAUUUACUCAUUUAUUCAUUCAUUUAUUUAUUUAUUUAUUGCCUCUAGGUUAUAGUCUGUAAGCAAAAGUAACGGACAUGUGAUGAGGACAGAUGCAUUUUGGAGGAGAUAUAGAUUAUAUUAUAAAAGAGAAAUGGGAUUGACACUGUUGGAAACGGAGUGACCUUGUCAGAGGUUUGUACUUUCAUUUGUUUAAAAAAAGAAAAAAGUUUAAUUUAUUAAAUAAAAUUUUUUAGUCUUUUAUGAUGAUGAUUUACCUUCACUUUUAUUGGAUUUGCUUAAGAUGUUAAAGGAGCCAAAUGUCAAGCAUGUGUGACGCUGGAAAUGUUCUGAUCCAGAUAAAGUCUCUAAAGAGUGUUCUACAGUUCUGUUUGUCUUCAUUGAAAACUUGUGUUUUACAGACAGUAAAAAAAAUCUCUCUCUCUCUCUCCCCCUCUCUUUCCCCCUCUCUCCCUCCA